GGUGCAUUGUGUCUUUAUUUUAACGAUGAACGCUACGUUUGAGAGGCGACUCAGACAAGUCUCCGUAAAAAGACGACUAGGAAAGACUAAUACGUCAGCAGUCAACGGUCGAAACGAUCUCAGAAACAAGCUUAAUCUUACUGUACGGACACCUGAUGCACGGACGUUGCUUCGCAACCGUACUCGUCAACGUAACUCGACAUUUCGUGACGCUAGAAAUGUCUUGAGGUCGAGGAAUGUACCUCAUCCACGCCGAAACCCUCGAGUCCCGUUCUUCAUUCCCAUAAGAACGAUUAAAAAUGAACUUUUUGGAGGUCAAAUAAACAGUCUACGAAAUUCACGAAAACCACGUCCAGUACCUCUUCGUCCAGGUAUUCCUGAUCUGCUGAGCUUACCGUUGCCUCUUCCUAAUCCUCUUGAUUUUCUUAAUAACCCUACACCCACUACUGGGUUAUUUGCUAACUUGUUACCGUUUAAUGAAGUUCCAGUGUCUGCUUCUUCAUCAGGACCUAAGAUUAGUCCAAUACAAGGUUUCCGUGUGGAAAUUCGUAACCUUCAGCCGUCCGUCACGCUAGAUGAUGUAUUCGAGCUAUUUAGCAGCGUUGGGAGUUUACGUCUGUGUACUGUUACACGUCCUGGCCAAGCAGAAGUAAUUUAUAAUCAUUCUUCAGAUGCGCUUGAAGCUAUUGAACGUUAUAAUGGUCGUGAACUAGAUGGCCGUCCAAUGCGUGUAAGCCUUACUACACCAGUUAGUGAUUUACCCAGUGAACGUGACACUUCUGCUCGCAUGGCCUCAAGACUCGGACCAAAUUAUGGAAGGAAACAAACUGAAACGCAGGCUAAACAAGUUAUUCGUGAGUCUCUGAACAAAUCAGGCAUUCCGGUCGAAGUAGACGCAGAUGUUGUUCGCAAAGCUUUGUUCAACGUUAGUUCAUCUGGUAGCGUUCAAUCUAGAAGACCAGUUGAUUUCAGCGUUAGUUUACGUUGAAAAAAUAUACCAGAAGUUAGGUGUUUUACAAUACGUUCUACUAACCGCUCAUUUCUCAGUCAUUAAUGUGUGUAUAACCAAAAAGUGUAUGUUACUUUGUUGAUUUGUUCAUUUAUUAAUAUAACACUGGAUUUUCGAUUCCCUCAUGCUUGUUUUUGUAAUGACAGAUUCAAAUUCUCAUUUAAAACAGUAUUCCGAAUAAAUACGAAUUAUAGCUAACUUUAAGAGAAUUGCGUUCUCUUCCAUCUGGUUACGAUAAUCAUGCGGACCUCAUCUAGGUAGUCUACGCUUGUUAAUAUGGCUCAGUCUAACAGUUAGUAUCUUCAUGGAGUGAUGCCAUGUCGAUUUGGCUGCAUCUAGACUUAUUCCAACCUACUACAUUAGCCAUCCUCACGCUUCAAGGUGGUCGGUGGAUGAGCAUAUGUAACACAUGUUUCGACUGACAAAGAUUCAUUACAUUGCCAAUUUGUUUGGCAUACCUACCUAGUACCCUUUUCCGAAUCCCGACUUUGCUUACCCACUGGUCCCAAAACGCGCCAACAAUGUUUUGAAAACACUAAUAGUCGAAUACUAGUUAUCUGCGAAUAUCCUCUAUUCUUAAUGGUCAUAUUUCACACCCAUAAAAUAAUAUAGAGCGAACUGCUGCAUAAUGAGAC